GACCUGACUUGAUCACGUGUUUUGCUACACUUUUGCGUCAUCGCUGCUUGAGUGAAACUUCGAAGUGAUCUUUACUUGAUCAAGGAGUGUGUCUGUCAGCAAACAUGGAGUCAGCUAAAGCAUGUUUUCAAGAUAUUCUCUUGUUUCUUGAUCAUGUUAGCUCUGCUGGUGAAACUAUUGCAGACAUUAUGUCAGAACUGUCGCCUGAACAAGCUGUGGCUCAGAUGCGGUUUACUGAGCUGCAACAUAUGCUGAAUUCUUGUCGUGAGACAGCACAAACUGCUAGGAAGCAGUUUGAGAGACUUGCAAGUCUUGGUACUGGUGAACUAGCACGUGAGGCAAGGCAACAAAUUGAGAAUGAUUCAUUAGAUAGUCAGCUAGUGCAAGUGAUGGUAAGGCAUGCUCGUCAAAGACUGAGUGAUAUCAAGGCAACCAAAGAGAGACUCGCUGGUUUGGGUGCAGCUGGAGGCAUGUCUGUAGCAAUGGUAUAUGCAGAGUCCUUGUUGGGUAAAGGCCAGCAAGCUCAAAUGCUAGUGAAAGGAGCAUUUCUUGUUGGGAUUGUGAGUGGGGUUGCUAUGAUUGCUUUGUUCAUUCCUGGAGUAAGAUGUUUUUUUCCUCUGAUCGGAAAAGGAAUUGUUUCUCCCGCAGCUGUUCAAGUUGUUUUGGGAUUUCUCAGUGCUGGAGGAUUUGCAAUCAGUGAUGCGUUAGAAGAGAAAGUUGAGAAACUUGUAGAUCAACUAAAACAACUGGCAGGUGGUUUUCAAGAGCUGCACAAGAACCUGAGCAAAGUUACUCAAGAGAUUGCUAUCCUAGUUGAGAAAACCGAAACUUGUAAGGGUGACAUGGCUUUGUUGCAGCCAGAACCCUCUGCAACAAGAAACAAGUAUGAAAGUAUGGGAGUUAUAGAAGCCAUGAGGUCAUUCCUUGACGAUCUAGAACAGCUCAAGCCUAAGGCAGAUGCAACUGAUGACUGAAGCAGCUAGAACAACAUUUCUAGAAAUACUAACCUAACUGUAUUGUUGUCAUUUUUAGUUUAUGUUAGUCGUGCAUUGGCUUUUAGUCUAGAUGUUUUCUUUGUUCUAGCUGCAGCGUGUGAUUGUUUAUGCUAUGCCGUAUUGAUUUUACAGCUGAUGGUCCCUUGGUGUUGUAUUACUAUCUCAAG